AUGACUGAAUCGAGCCUACCCUCUCCUCCUUUCCUAACGAUUGAAGGGAUUCAAAACUUUCGAGACCUCGGUGGUUAUCCAACUUCCAGUAGCCGAUCAAUUCGCUCGUCUGUUAUAUACCGAUGUGCGGAACCAUCGCAGGUUACCAAGAAUGGUAUUGAGUCAAUGAAGAAUCUGAGGAUAUCUACGGCAUAUGAUCUACGUUCGAAUAACGAAAUUGAAAGGAGCAAAGCAUCAGGAAGAGGUGGGGUUACAGAGUGGGAUGGAUGUAAUCGAGUCUUUGUACCGGUUUUUAGCGAUGAAGAUUAUGGCCCAGAAAGCAUAGCUCUUAGAUAUGCUGACUAUACCGCUGAUGGAACUGAAGGGUUUGUGCGAGCAUAUACUAGCAUUCUAGAGAAUGCACCACCGUCCUACAGUGUCAUCUUACGGCAUUUGGCUUACAAGUCGUCGGAGCCCCUAAUUAUCCACUGCACCGCAGGCAAAGACAGAACGGGUGUCAUUUGUGCCCUAGUACUAUCAUUAUGUGGUGUUGACGAUGAAAUCGUCGCUCAAGAAUAUUCACUCACCGAGGUGGGGCUUUCGCAGGAAUGGAAAGAGGCUGUCGUUCAUCAUUUAAUGUCGCAUCCUGCUUUGGAAGGCAAUAUGAAGGGUGCCUGGAAUAUGAUUGGCGCUAAGGCCGCGAACAUGUUUGCAACCCUCAGAAUGAUGCGGGAGAAGUUUGUGGAUGCCGAAACUUACAUAGUUGAGAAAUGCGGCCUGUCAAGAGAAGAGGUCGCUAUGAUAAAGGCAAACAUGACUGUCAAUGAGGCUCCUACGCUCCAUAAAGUCCCUCAAGUACUCUAG